UAUGGAAAAAUUGCACCAUUUUCGCGCAGUUACCGGCAAAGAAGAGCGCGUUUGUUAGUUCUAUUAGUUUUAACUGGAAAAUCAAGGAAAACUCGUAGUUGAUUUUUAUUGUGUAAGAUAUUCUUCACCUUAACGUGCCCGAAGAUUUUUGUUUUCGGCAUUAACGCCGUUUGAGAGGUUUGGUGUGCGUAAUAUUGUUAAGAGAUUUCUACGAUGUCCGCCGAAACUACAGAAGCAGCGGAUAGAAAUGUCGAAAUAUGGAAAAUCAAGAAGCUUAUAAAGAGUUUGGAAGCGGCCAGAGGAAAUGGAACAAGCAUGAUCUCGUUAAUCAUCCCUCCAAAAGAUCAAAUUUCUCGUGUAGCAAAGAUGUUAGCUGAUGAGUUUGGCACUGCUUCAAAUAUCAAGAGUAGAGUCAACAGGUUGUCAGUUCUUAGUGCUAUCACAUCAGUACAACAGAGACUGAAGCUUUAUUCCAAAGUUCCUGCCAAUGGUCUUGUUGUUUACUGUGGAACUAUUGUAACUGAUGAUGGGAAGGAGAAGAAAGUCAACAUAGACUUCGAGCCCUUUAAACCAAUCAAUACAUCUCUGUACCUGUGCGAUAACAAGUUUCACACAGAGGCCCUGAAUGCUCUCCUAGCAGAUGAUAACAAGUUUGGGUUUAUCGUGAUGGAUGGUAAUGGUGCACUGUUUGGUACACUCUGUGGCAACACAAGAGAAGUUCUUCACAAGUUUACUGUUGAUCUACCAAAGAAGCACGGGCGUGGUGGCCAGUCUGCCUUGCGUUUUGCUCGACUGAGAAUGGAGAAACGUCACAAUUAUGUCAGAAAAGUUGCAGAGACUGCUGUUCAGCUCUUCAUCACAAAUGACAGACCAAACAUUACUGGUCUAAUCUUGGCUGGAUCAGCUGAUUUCAAGACUGAACUAAGUCAAUCAGAUAUGUUUGAUCAGAGAUUACAGACUAAAGUGCUGAAGCUUGUAGACGUUUCCUAUGGUGGUGAAAAUGGUUUCAAUCAGGCAAUUGAACUUGCAUCAGAGGUUCUUGCAAAUGUCAAGUUCAUUCAAGAAAAGAAGCUUAUAGGAAGAUACUUUGAUGAAAUAUCACAAGACACUGGAAAAUAUUGCUUUGGCGUGGAUGAUACUUUGAAGGGCCUUGAAAUGGGAGCAGUGGACAUACUUAUUGUAUGGGAAAAUUUGGAAAUCCAUCGCAUUGUUUUGAAAAAUCACCAAACAGAUGAGGAAAAGAUCCUACAUCUUAAUCCUGAACAAGAGAAAGACAAGACAUACUCUCUCGACAGUGAGACUGGAGUGGAACUGGAGCUAAUAGAAAAACUUCCUCUCUUGGAGUGGCUGGCAAACAAUUAUAAAACCUUUGGUGCAACACUUGAAAUCAUAACAGAUAAAUCUCAAGAAGGAGCACAGUUUUGUAAAGGUUUUGGAGGAAUUGGAGGUAUUUUGAGGUAUCGUGUGGACUUUCAGACGUUGGAUGCGGAUCCGGACUUGGAUUACUACGAUGACGAUGACGAUGAUGAGUACUGACGAAGUACACAUACAGUAGCAGUCAAAUCAAGUCACGUCUCUGGGGCCCACAUCUAAUAGUGAUCUAGAAAUCUUGAAUUUUGAAUAACUGCACAACCUGCAGAUACUUAUAAGCUAAAAGAGGCUUUGGUUGGAUGGUCAAGAUAUUUUCUGCGGCUGAGCUUCCAAGAGAGAGCAAAUGGCCCUAAAUACAAACAAAUAAUGACUAAACAAAAUGUAUUUAGCCUUUCCAUAGAAAUAAAUCUCUGUUGAAUAGAGCUCUAUCACGGCGGCCAUAUUGAUGGACAUCGAUUGCAUAAGAAUAGAACCCAUUUCCUCGUUGACCAAAGGAGAGUAAUGUUUUAAAGAGACGUUAUGGCAGCUUUAUCGCAUUUGUGUGCCACGGAGGAUUGAAAUGAGCUGAAACUUCAGCUCCUUCAGCUCCUUCAGCUCCUGUGUCAGGGCAAACACACACGAUACACUGAAGUCUCGACCAGAGCCGCGAGGAGAAUGGGUUGAAGCGUUUCCUCAAUCGUGUCCUGGCUGGAAAAUACUUGAAAAAGUCUUUGCGCCAAUCCUCGAGGUGAUUAGAAUAUAUAAUUUAUGAAAUACAAAAUCGGGGUUUCAAGAUAAAGACUGCUAGUUUGUACGCACAUUCUGUUUACUUUACUUGGUGUUCCGGUAGAGUGUAAAACCACAUAGUUUCAUGGACAUGAAUCAUAAUUGACUGUGUUGUAAAUUUGAUGCCUGCCAACAGAAGAGUUCGCAGAUUCUUCAGAUGCCAGCUGACUGUGUAAAAUGGAUGUUGGUGUACGAUAUCUAUAUUACCUGGUUUGCUUCUGUUGCAAGGUUUGUACAGCAAAAUGUUUGUAAUUUACUCACCUGUAGUGUAAAAGUCGAGGUUUUUUAUUCGCCUACAGCUUUAAUUUUCUUGUAUGUCUUGUUUGUACAAAUUAAAACGCAUCUUGGAAUCCUG